AUGACAGAUUUGACUCACCUGAAUAUACCUGUAAAGAUGAGAGAUGCAACUCACCUGAAUUUACUUGUAAAGAUGAGAGAUAUGAUUCACCUGAAUAUACCUGUAAAGAUGGGAAAUUUGACUCACCUGAAAAUACCUGUAAAGAUGAGAGAUCUGACGCACCUGAAUAUACAUGUAAAGAUGAGAGAUUUGACUCACCUGACUAUACCUGUAAAGAUGAGAGAUUUGACUCACCUGAAUAUAUCUGUAAAGAUGAGAGAUUUGACUUAUCUGAAUAUACUUGUAAAGAUGAGAGAUCUGACUCACCUGAAUAUACCUGUAAAGAUGAGAGAUUUGACUCACCUGAAUAUACCUGUAAAAAUGGGAGAUUUGACUCACCUGAAUAUACCUGUAAAAAUUAGAGAUUUGACUCACCUGAAUAUACCUGUAAAGAUGAGAGAUUUGACUCACCUGAAUAUACCUGUAAAGAUGAGAGAUUUGACUCACCUGAAUAUACCUGUAAAAAUUAGAGAUUUGACUCACCUGAAUAUACCUGUAAAGAUGAGAGAUUUGACUCACCUGAAUAUAUCUGUAAAGAUGCUAGAUUUGACUCACCUGAAUAUACCUGUAAAAAUGGGAAAUUUGACUCACCUGAAUAUACCUGUAAAUAUGAGAGAUUUGACUCUACACACCAUGUUGUUCCUUACUUCUAACACCAAGACAAACUUUGUUUGGAUCUGUGAUAAGAGAACAGUGAUACUGAAACCAUUGAUAACACGUUACGAUCCGCCAUCUUGA